GAGACAGAGAGAGAGAGAGAGAGAGAGAGAGUAAAGUGUGGUGAAGGUGGAUCGUGUUGCUGGUAGAGAGACAGUGGAGCUGACUGAGUGUGAGAGAGGGCUGGACGGUGCUGGACUAUUCCUCCGUCUGAUCAUCCCUCGCUCUCUGCGCGCCUGAGGACUGCCUGCUGAGGGAGAGAGAAGCGUGUCCCCCAGGAGAGGAGCACCCAGGGACACGUUGCGCUCCGCAGAGGGACCUGGACGCCUCCUGACCAAAGCUGCGCCGUUCUGAACCCGGGAUGAGAAACUGACCCUUUUUCCAGAGGUCUGGGUCUGAGAGCCGGAGAGUAACGGAGCGGAGAGGCACCAUGAGUGGGAGAUGAGCGCGUUCAGAUCUGUGGAGCAGUGAGAAAGGGAGAGGAGACAGAAAUGGACGGAGUGACUCGUCCCGCCGGGAGCCGCAGCCGCUCAGAUCAAAUGCUCCAGUUUGGAUAACACACGGGUCCUGGAGUUUCUGAAGUCCCCCUACAACCUCUGCUUACUGGGCUGCUCCAAAGAGUGCUCCAGCCGGACCCCUCCACUGACCCCCCAGGACUGAACCACUGCAGCUCUGCAGAGAGGGGGAGUCAGUGAAGGGGGAAGAAAAUUUCAACGCCACUCAAGUCCUGAGGAUUGACUGCAGCUGAUCCUGUAGUGUAAGCGAGACAGAGAAAGAUCAACACGUUGGUUGUGAAGAUGAGCGUGGGUAGGAUCAGCCGCUACAGCAUCGUGUCGUCGGACGAAGACGCCCUGCGCCUGACCACCAUGCACGGCGGGGGAAUGAACGGCUAUGGCAACGGCAAGAUCCACACGAGGAGGAAGGGGCGCAGCCGCUUCGUGAAGAAGAACGGCCAAUGUAACGUCCAGUUCGCCAACAUGGACCAGAAGCCUCAACGUUACCUGGCUGACAUCUUCACCACCUGCGUGGACAUCCGCUGGCGCUACAUGCUGAUCGUCUUCACGCUAGUCUUCGUAGUGUCCUGGCUGGCCUUCGGCCUGGCCUUCUGGGUUAUCGCGCUUCUCCACGGUGACCUGGACAACCCGGCAGGCGACGACAACUUCACUCCCUGCGUCCUGCAGGUCAACGGCUUCAUCGCCGCCUUCCUGUUCUCCAUAGAGACUCAGACCACCAUCGGCUAUGGCUUCCGCUGCGUGACGGAGGAAUGCCCGCUAGCCGUCUUCCUGGUAGUCUUCCAGUCCAUCGUGGGCAGCAUCAUCGACUGCUUCAUGAUCGGCGCCAUCAUGGCCAAGAUGGCCCGUCCCAAAAAGAGGGCACAGACCCUCUUGUUCUCCCACAAUGCCGUCAUAGCAAUGCGGGAUGGCAAGUUGUGUCUUAUGUGGCGCGUCGGGAACUUGCGCAAGAGCCACAUUGUGGAGGCGCACGUCCGUGCCCAGCUGAUUAAGCCCAGAGUGACCGUGGAGGGAGAAUACAUCCCACUGGACCAGCUGGACAUCAACGUUGGUUUUGAUAAGGGCCUGGACAGGAUAUUCUUGGUGUCGCCGCUGACCAUCUUGCAUGAGAUCGACGAGGAAAGCCCUCUCUUCGAGAUCGGCAAGCAGGACCUCGAGACGGCCGACUUUGAGAUCGUGGUGAUCCUCGAAGGCAUGGUGGAGGCCACAGCAAUGACCGCUCAGGCGCGAAGCUCCUACCUCGCCAGCGAGAUCCUGUGGGGCCACCGCUUCGAGCCGGUGCUUUUCGAGGAGAAGAACGAGUAUAAAGUGGACUACUCCCACUUUCACAAGACCUACGAGGUGCCCUCCACGCCACGCUGCAGCGCCAAGGACAUACUGGAAAGCAAGUACCUGGCAGCACCCGCCGCCAACUCUUUCUGCUAUGAGAACGAGCUGGCCUUUCUCAGCCGCGAGGAAGAGGAGGAGGACGGAGGAGAGCGAGAGAGGGCGCUGAGCGUCAGUCCCGAGAGAACCACGCAGCGGCACGACUUCGAACGGCACUUGCAGAACCCCCAGCGGAGCCUGGAGCAAAGGUCCUACCGCAGGGAGUCCGAGAUAUAGCCCCUCUACCCUUUAGACCCUAUUUUGAUACUUGUUGGUUUAAUGUUUUGUUCCUGGAGACACUGGAUAUUUAAAAGAGAAAACAAUGCAUAACAAUGCAAAGUGCCAUAAAAGAGAGGCUGGGAACUGUGCACAUGAGCGAGUGAGUGAGUGUAAUGUGUGGGUAAGAAAGAAACGAGUGCGAGAGAUGAGUGGAAGAGAUGCUGCACAGUUCAUUCGCUCUGUCGAAAAAGAUGAAAAGGCCAGAGAGACUUUUUUUAAUCCUGCACGGAAAACUUGAAUCUUUCUUUCCUCCUUUUUUUUUUUUUUUUUUUUUCAUAAAGCUAGUUUAGUUUUGAAUCGUGUAAAUAUUUCGCAUAGAUUAAGUUAUGAUUCGUGUGGAGUAUUCAUUUCUAGAGAGGUAAAAGGUAUAAAAAAUAAGGUUUUUUUUCAGUUUUUCCAUUUCUUUCUUUCUUUCUUUCUUUCUUUUUUUUUGUUUUCAAUUUUGGCACAACUGACUAGCACUGCGGAGUCAAAAUGCCCACAGGGACUCACUGGAGGUGCACACACGUACACGGUACACAGGGUUAAUUGACACAUGAAAAAUUCCCCUUUAGAACUGCACUACCUACACAAACACCACUCAGAUGUGUGUGUGUGCGUCUGGGCGACCAAGCAGAGAAUUGCGUUAGAGGCACACGGGGCCCGGCGACCCCUCCGAACAGGCAGAGCGAGAGCGAGGGAGCCGGACUGUCUGCUAAUGGUGUAAAACUCUGAGUGUCGGUAUCUGCACUGCUGUAACCUACCUGACCAAAACCACAGAGCCUUCAGGAUCUGAUUUGGGAGCCGUGCACUUCUACUGCCCCUUUAACCUUCAGAGCUCAGGGCCAGAACGAGGCUGCUGUGAGUGACCGAGAGUCCGAGUCCAGCUGCUUCUCCAUUCUCACCUUCAGGCAGGCAACACAUCACAAACCUCAUGCACUGUAAAAACUGGCUCAUCAGAUCGACCUACAAGAAUUUCUCAAUGUGGUAAAAAGCAGCUGAACUAGUUCACAGUAUUUAGGCGCAUCUGACCAGCCAGGUUUCACAGCAGGUAGGAGGGCAUCGUUUGAUUUAAUUUAUACACAAACCUUCUAAUUACUACCUGCAGUUGUACGAGAAAGGAAGGAAUAAUGAAUCUGCUGGUUUAAAAACAGAUUUAAAACUAAUAUAAACAUUCUACAGGAAUUAAAAAAUGCACACUGUAAAUUAUCAACUACUUGACACAAGAAUUAAGGGAAUCUGCUACUUGAACAGUUUAAUUGAUAACACAUUUAAAUUGAUCAAUGGAAAUCAAUAUUUUAUUUCAAUGACUCCGUUCAUAACGGAUUCAUUAGAAAAUCAACAAAUCUACUAUUUAAAUUGUAAUUUGACCGCAAAUUUAACAAAACUAUGCGGGACAUUUAAAGAGUAGUUUUAGAAUUAGUUGACUAAUACUAAUACUACUACUACUCUUAAUAGUAAUAAUAACAAUAAUAAUAAUGUCUGUGUAGAGAUGCUGGCAAAAACGAAGUCGAGCACUCGUUGAGUUUUAGAAAGGUGCUAUACAAGUUAAUUAUUAUUAUUAUUAUUGUUGUUGUCAUUAAAUAAUGAUUAUAAAUAGUAUUUAAAUAUCCUAGCACUGCUGUCGGAACAAAAACCUCGUAUCUCCGAAAGGGUAACUUCACAGGAGAAGGAGAAAACCUGCUUUACUUAUAAUGUAAGUCAAUGGAACCAGACGGCAAAGUCGUUUUGGGCCGUUUAUUUUGGUCCAUUCAUCAUGAAAUUUCCACACAACGUAAAGACCAGCAGGCGUUUUUGAAAAAUGAGGUUUUGUUCUGACAGCACUGAUAUGUAAUUGUGUCAAAUCUACUGUCAAUAGUAUAUUAUUAUUAUUAUUAUUAUUAUUAUUAUUAUUAUUAUUAUUAUUUGAGAAAGAAGUGUUAACACCUGAUAAAAAUGGCCAUUAAUACUCAAAACGUUGAGCACAGCGAGUCAUUACCUGACAAACGAAGCGUGGAGAUAUUUCUUAGUGUACCUCGAAAAGGGCAAAAACAAACCCCAAAUCAAACCUGCUUUGGGCAUUGUUUUUCCGUGUUGGCCAAGCUAUGCACGUGGGCAGACCGGUCAGCGGACUGGGCCACAGACUGUACAGAUCUUUAUGGGUUGAGCACAAGCUCAGAAUGGGACUUCUGAAAACGCUGUCCCUUCCUUUCAGACGUGUUUGAGAAAUGCCAGCGUGCACAGACUUUACACAAAUCAGAAAACUACAACGUAUUAAAGCGCAUGCACCUCACUAAAAGUGCUCGUUUGUAUGUGUGCAAAUACAGACAGAACACAGUGUCCCUCGGUACCCAGGGCUGUGAGGUACAGGUGUUAGUCUCGGUAGAAGACAUUAUGCACAGCCCAACAGCUCUAAAUCUGGAUCCUCAACAAACCCGUUCACAAACGUCUGCAAUCGGCUCUAGCAGAGCAGCUCAGCCCACGGCUGGUCCGUAGGUUUUUGGCAGUUUCCUAUCACCAUGCAGGGGAGAGUGAGGAACCUGCCACCUCCGUACGGCAGUGAGCUCCAACAGCACUGAGUAAAUCAGAGAGCAGCGUGUGCUGAUGGUGGGAUGCUAGCAGCACAGCCCACCAACUGUCUGAUCUAAUUCUCUGCAAUGUUCUAAAGCAGGCUAACUGAAGUAGCAUUGACAACGGUUAUCCAUCAGCAGCGCAUAGAACAAUUACAUAAUCAUCAAACAAUUCAAUUUGAUUUCGUUGAUAUGCAACUUUCCUCAGCCAUUGUUCCACUGCAGCCUGUGUUCAGCCCCUUAAUCAGCAUCACGGAGUCUGUAAGAGCAUGAGGAGGAACCACUGAGAGGAACCGGACUUAAAAACAAGAAACUUUGUAAAGCAUGAACAACCAUCACCAAGUGGAACCAAGACUUACAAGAAGAACCUCCCUAUGAGCAUGAGGAGGAACCACUGACAGGAACCAAGACUCAAAAGGAGAAACUCCCUAAGACCAUGAGGAACAACCACUGACAGGAACCAAGACUAACAAGAAGAACCUGCCUAAGAACAUGAGUAAGAACCACUGACAGGAACCAAGACUCAAAGGAGAAACUCCCUAAGAGCAGGAGGAAGAACCACUGAGAGGAACAAAGACUCCAAAGAGAAACUUCCUAAGAGCACGAGGAAGAACCACUGAGAGGAACCAAGACUGCAAAGAGAAAAUCCCUAAGACCACGAGGAAGAACCACUGAGAGGAACCAAGACUGCAAAGAGAAAAUCCCUAAGACCACGAGGAAGAACCACUGAGAGGAACCAAGACUCCAAAGAAAAAAUCCCUAAGACCACGAGGAAGAACCACUGAGAGGAACCAAGACUCCAAAGAAAAAAUCCCUAAGACCACGAGGAAGAACCACUGAGAGGAACCAAGACUCCAAAGAGAAAAUCCCUAAGACCACGAGGAAGAACCACUGAGAGGAACCAAGACUCCAAAGAGAAAAUCCCUAAGACCUUGAGGAAGAACCACUGACUCCAAAGGAGAACCUCUGCGAGGGUGUGAGGAUUGAGCCAAGAUUAAAUUAUCUUGUGGGCCAUGAAAGCUUUUGUGGUCAGUUGUGUGGACCAUGAGCUGCAAAAGGAUGGGAACCGCUGACCGAGACGGACCCAGAAUUGCUAGCAGUAGUGAACUCUGUUCCUGUGUCCCUUCCCGUUCCGGUACGCCAGGUACACUCCCGUUUGUUGUGACUGUGGUUUCAGCCACCGUGUUCCCUCCUGCUUGGUUCCGGAGCCGAGCUCAGAGCCGGCGAAGCUGCCGCGCCGGGGCUGUAAGCUAGAAGCCCUGAUGGGGGUUCAGGGAGUGCAACAGCGUCAGGGGUGACUGCAGGAUUAAACGUACUCCUACUUGCUCUGUGACAAGGCACUCGAUGAGAGUGGGUGAUUAACGAAGUGGAAUCUGAAGUGUGUGAAGAGCAGCGCUGCAUUUUGGGUAUUUGCACAAAUACAAAAAUAUCUCCGCCAACAUAUUUUCAUACUUUCAAUUACAACUUUUAAAAAGGACUAUAUUAAACGCACAUCGCUGUAAAUGAAAUGUGUACAUAGAGAUCCAACCCUGCCCAUCUCUGUUCUCUCCCACUGCAGACCCACGGACGGCGGGCGUUUUUAUAUAUGCGUGUAUGUGUGUGUUUAGUAGAGACUACAGCGCGUGGCCUGUUAGUGCAGCGGCCGCGUUCUCAAAGCAAUAACGACCUGAACAGAUAUCAGCAAUAAUAUGAUUGAGGAGUGAGUGUGGAGAUAAACCUCGUUCUACUCUGGAAAACUGCUGAGCGAAGCACUUUUUGUAAAAAAAAAAAAAAAAAGUUUGAAGCCACGUUCGGCUAUAAAUGGAAGACUUUAAAUUGGGUCCCGAUGAUGUUUCAGCAAGCGGCUCCUGUGUUUCCCUUCUAAACAGGUCGGCAACACCGCUAUUAUCUCUCCACGGCAGCCUAGCAGGAGAUAGAUCUAGGUCAUUCCACAUCAGAUCACCUUAAAGGAGGGCCACCUCGGUCCUGUCAAACUGUCCAGCUCUCCGUAAAAACGACGUGGCAAAAAACACUGAAAAUCGUGUCUCGGAACACGUACCCGAACUUUCGGCGCUUUCGGAAAUGCAGGUGUUGGAAGGAAUGAUGAAACAAUAUUAACGCACACCGUUCACUCCUCAAUCCAUCUGGUCCGGCCAUGGAAGCUAAACGGUCUCUUUUGACUUCACCAUGUCUGUGACGUCACAAAAACCAGCACCUGCAGCAGUUCAUGCUGAAGCUAUAAGGAGCGCUUCAGCCUGGACUGCUUUUUGAUUGAAGUACAGCCAAUCAGAACCGAGCUCAUUUACAUGCAUCGGUUUUAAAGGCACAGUCACAAAAACAGCCUGUUAAUUAUGAAAUUAUUCGUUAGUUUUGAUACAUAAAACCACACAAAUAUUUUAAGGGAAAAAUAAAAAUUGUUAGAAUUGUGCCGCUUAAAAAUGCUUUGAAAGAACCCGCCACAGAGACUAGAGCCACUAUGUCAUGAGCAUUUAUAAGAUGCAGGCCUGAAAUAACGUCCAGCUCACACCUGGGAAUGAAAACGCACCAGACAGUUCUGGAGCUCGUCGCGCAGUCGUUCUUCAGUCGAGCUUCAAAAAGCUCUGCGCCAGUCAGACCGCCUGCAGGGCCAACCGUUUCAUCCGAGAUGCUUUUUCCAUCGCCCUUUUUCACAUUUCAGGUUUAGCGAUAUUCUAACUUUUUCACCACGUUUUAGUGUAAAAACUCUUUUUGCGAUAUUUGGGUGUUUUUUGAAUUUCAGACUUUUCCGUUCAGGUUUUUUUUCUCUUUUUUGUUCAUUUUCAAAAUUGGUAAAAAAAAUUGGUAGGCGGAAAAACAAGAAGGGUCCAGCUGCAGACACACAGUGCCACGUUUUCAGCCUCGCAGUCUCAGCUCCAGAUACACUGUAUUUCCAAAAGUAUUCACUCACCCAUCCAAGUCAUUGAAUUCAGGUGUUCCGGUCACUUCCACGGCCACAGGUGUAUGAACCCAAGCCCCUAGGCCUGCAGACUAAAACAAAGAGUCAUGUUAAAAUUCUCUUAAAGGCAGAAAAGUGUAACUGCAAUUCUGAAAUGAACCACUAGAGGCGUACUUGUAGGGAGCUGAUAGCGAGGGCCUGAAGUGCAGUACUGGGGUCUGCAGCUGGAUAGUACUGGGAAAAAGAAAGACUGUAAGAAAAUACAGACUGCAGAGGGAAUGUGGGGGCGUCAUUUUCGGGAAAGUGAAAAGGGGGAAGUGAACAGUUUUUCCAUUUUUAUGGUAUCCCAGGCAUUUUCUUGGGUCUUGCUGGACUCCUGCUGUGGUAUCCCAGAUGGUUUCUUAGGUGUUGCUAGGCAACUGUUAUGUUGUCCCAGGUGGUUGCUAAGGUGUUGCUAGACCAUUGCUAUGGCAUCCCAGGUGGUGCUAAUGUGUUGCUAGGCCAUUGUUAUGGUAUCCCAGGUGGUGUGCUAAGGUGUUGCUAGGCCAUUGCUAUGGCAUCCCAGGUGGUUGCUAAGGUGAUGCUAGACCAUUGCAAUGGCAUCCCAUGUGGCAGCUAAGGUGUUGCUAGGCCUUUGCUCUGGUGUCCCAGCUGGCUGCUAAGGUGUUCCUAGACCAUUGCUACGGCAUCGCAGGUGUUUGCUAAGGUGCUGCUUGGUCAUUGCUAUGGUAUCCCAGAUGGUUGUUAGGGUGUGGCUAUUGCUGUUAUCCCAGGUGGAUGCUAAGCUGUUGCUGGACUGUUGCUAUGGUAUUACAGGUGGUUGUUAACAUGUGAGUAUAUAUGUGUACUAGUAUGUAUGUGAAUCCAUAUUUAAUGUAUGUGAGGGGCCAUUAGAUCUGAAAUUAUUUUAAAAAUAAUAAUAAUAAUUAUGUACUAAUGAAUGCUGUACAGAGAUUUUACGUGGAUCUGUCCCAAAAGCACAAGCACACAAUUCCCAUAUAGGCUCUACAGUCCUGAAGAGUGUCAUGGUACCAUACAAAUAGUGGAAAAACGCAUGGAUUCUUAAACUAAGAACAGCGAAUUGACUGUCAGGCCAACUUCAUGAGGUCAGCGACAGCGGAACCCCAGUUUUGAUAGCAUUUUAGUCAUUGGCUGUAUUGAUGCCAACAUAUAAACCCUCCGAAACAUCGCAGUCUGUAUUGAGUGUCUCGUACGCAUUGUGAUAUUACGUCCUCGCUGCCUUGCCUGCUCCUAGUCCCAGUGCACAUUUUCACAAAGAGCUGCUCGCAUGGAGUUUUUAAAUCUUAUACCGAAGUGGCUCCAGCAUCUGUGAUUGGUGCUAUCAAGUCCUGAUGAUGCUAUCUAUAUUAGAUGGGCCUCUGGUCAAUAAUGAUAAAAGCCCUUAAAGACUGGGGAACCCAACUGAUUGUUUUAAUAGACUAAAAGAUUCUUUCCUUUAAUUUUAGCAGUCUUUUUACGGCUUGUGCUUUACCUCUAGCGGGACAGACGUAUGCAGACGGCCCUUAAUUAGUGACAUUAGCUCAUUAGUGUCCAUAAGUGGAAUGUUACAGUUCGUUAGGUCUGAGCUCUGAGCACAAAUCUGUAGAAUGUUUUUUUUCCCCCCAAUUGAUUAAAGCAUAUGGCUAAAAAGUUGGGCCCAGUCCCAUUUCACCCCUCGCCCCUACCACUGAGCCCUCAGCCCUCUGUUUUGAGCGUUCAUGUCUAGGGGUGUGUGUCCUGAUUCUUGUUGAGAUAGAGGGGUGGGGUGAAGUGU